AUGCCGGUGAAAGUCAAGGACUAUGCUGGUGGGCACUCUUAUGACACUUUCAUGGUGGCCGGUUUCGUUGGCAUCGAAGCAAGGCCCACUCCUUCGCCUACCGACCCUGCACAAGUGGAUUUCAACUCAAUCCAGCCGUACUCUGCAUGGUGGAUGUAUGAGUUGUCCGCAGAGAAGUGA